UAUAUGUAUAAAACCCAAAAUUUAACUGAUCUUAGAUAAAAGUAUUAUAGAUAGUAUGUCUGUCUUAUUUUCGUAUUGUAUUUUUUUUUUUAGCAGAACAAAGUCGGUACAGGGGAACCUUCGGAUCAAAGUGCAUGAUUCUACCCGGAUUGUUUUGUAAGACGGACGCUAUGUGUGUUUUGCUUUCUGUCUCGCUGUGUUUCCUAGGUUACCUCGUGUGCCUAAAACUGAUCUAUAACACAUGGACGCGGCGAUGGCCGUCAUCCUCCGGGUGUGUAUUACAUUCUCCGGGACAGGAUAGGUCCGGUGUGCCGCGUGCUAGGACGCGCGACAGUCUUGGCGAAGUGCGCGCGCUGCUGGUCACCGCGCAUCCCGAUGACGAGUGCAUGUUUUUUGCGCCCGCGGUUUUGAAACUGACCGCAUCGAAAGCGACUGUUCGUUUGCUGUGUUUGUCGUCAGGGAAUUACUACAAUCAAGGGGCCCGGCGGAAACAAGAACUGCUCGGCAGCUGUGCUGUUUUGGGAAUUCCGGCUCACCAAGUCACAAUUAUUGAGAACAAAGAGCUGCAGGAUGACCCAAAGGCAGAGUGGAGCAUCGCACUGACCGCACCGCUGAUCCUGAAACACAUUACAACUUAUUCCAUUAACCUGGCCAUUAAGGCUCUGAUUAAAAGCCCCAGCAUGGAAGACUUGCAUAAACAAACAACAACAAACAAAUGGGCUAAAAGAGCGAGUGCUGUUACGAAACAACUAUGGUUUGAUAUUUCCCCGAGCAUGUGUAAACACGCAAACUUACCAUCACCAAAACCAGCAUCCCCCCUAUCCUGUCAGGGCCAAGUCACACUUCGAACAAUGUUUUUUUCCUCCCACGAUUUACGAUUAUUUCAAUUGUAAUAAGUAAAUCCUCAAUUUGACAAAAGCCAUUGUUUUAAUUUCACAUAAGUAAUAAAGUUUAAUAGCAAAAGGCAGUUAUUGUAACACAACAGUGCAAUAAUGUAGCAUCUGGCCAAUUAUUAUCUGGGUUUUAUAGUUUAUGGUUCGAGAUGAACUUUACACAAUGGAACAGUUAAAAGACAAUAGGAUCAAUACACUGAAUUUUGGACAGAGGUGAUGACCGUUUUAUAUAACCUCCUCACAUAAAUGCUCUGCUCCUCCCCACUUUAUGCAACAUGUGGAUCGAUGUCAUAUUAUCUCCCUACCUCGUGCCUGUCAAAUCCGCUUCUCUUGGCCCAUUUGCUUUGGCAACCUUCUACAUUUCCACCAAAUUUUCUUAUGUUUUCCAUUUUCCUCCCAGUCCAAAAAAAUCAUCACGUACACAAACCCUAGCAAAAAGGCUGCGAUUCAAGUCUGCUGUAUAAGAUACAGAUGGGGUUCCCAACUUUUUAGUGUGAAAAACACAUGCCAUGCAUUUCUGUCUCACUGCCAAACCAACAUCUGCGAAAAAAAAAAUUUUAUCUUCAGAGGAUUAUCUCUGUUUAUCAUAUGUAUUUCUAACCCCAUCGACCGGCAAUUAAAUAAUGCAUAUCAGAAAUAUUGUCAAAUCUU